UUGAGAAAUAAAAACUUUAACUUUUAUUUAAAAGGUGGAUAAAAAGGCAACCAUCCAUAUAUAAAACCAUAAUUGAAUAUUCUCUAAAAGUGAUUUCGAUGCCAUGGAAUUUGAUUUAUAGGAUAACCAAAUAAGAGAUUUGAUGAAAGUAGACUUUUUGAAAUUAGAGGAGGGAUCAAGUAAUAUUCUCAAUUAAAUAAGGAUUUAAAAAAGAUGAGUUAAAGUAAUUGGGUCCGAAUAUUCAAUAAGGACAACACAAUUCCGAAAUUGAAGCAGAGCUACCUUGUUUAUAUUCAGGAAAUUUAGAAAUGAAAUCAAUUUGUAUAAUAAAUAAUUGAAUUUGG